GGGAGAGGGAGAGGGAGAGGGAGAGGGAGAGAGAGAGAGAGAGAGAGAGUACUAGGAUAUAUAGCGGGCCCAGAAGAGAGGGGGCACAGACGAAAAUGGAGUGUAGGGAGAAUUUGGUCCAGUGGCUGUGCUGGUCUCUGCUCCUUGGGGGUCCGCUGGUUUGCUGGGGGCUGCUAACCACGGAAAGGCGGACGCUUUACGGCCGCUACACGAGGUCCGAGGACCGGUGUUUAGUGAACACCAAACUGGUCUGGAUGAUCCAAGAGGUGCCCUCGCUGCUGGUGCCGCUGCUCCUGCUGCUCAGCACCGAGUCCCGGGCCGGAGUGGGCCGCAGCCUGCUGCUCGGAACCUUCUGCCUGCAUUACUUCCACAGGUCGUUCAUCUACGCCUGGCGGACCCGCGGGCGGCCGUUUCCUGUCCACAUCGCCGUAAAAUCGUUCAUCUUCUGCGGCAUGAACGGGCUUCUGCAGGGACACUACCAACUCCACUGCGCCCCCUCCUGGCAGAACCCCGUACGGAUGGCAGUGGGUCUGCUUCUGUUCUUUGCAGGUCUGAUAAUCAACAUCCACAGCGACCAUUUGCUACGGAGCCUUAGGAAACCAGGAGAAGUCCACUACAGAAUCCCCAGAGGGGGGAUGUUUGAGUUUGUGUCGGGGGCAAACUACUUCGGGGAGAUCCUGGAAUGGUUUGGCUAUGCUGUGGCCGUCUGGUCGCUGCCUGCAGCCGCCUUCUUUCUCUUCACCAGCUGUACCAUCGGCCCACGAGCCAUACACCACCACAGGUUCUACCAGCAGCAGUUCAAGGACUACCCUCAGUCCAGAAGAGCCCUGAUUCCUUUCCUUCUGUAGAACCUUGCAUACAAGUUGUAUUGUUUUCUUCCGUGUGCGGACAUUUAAAAAAACAAACACCAGCAAACGUUUUUUUUUAUCCCACUUUAUUUGUUAUGAACAGCAACAAUUUCACACAGACUUUGUUUGAGAGUUGAAUAAAGGCAAAUUGAAUGGUUA